AUGUCACGGUUGAUGGAGAUAGAACGUAUUGGUGAAGCCGUAUGUCUACGAGAAGAGUGGAAUUUCACCAUACCGGAAGUUAUCGCCACAGUUUUUUGGGUGAUGCACUAUGGAUUUAACUAUUUUCUGUUCAACAUGGCAUUUGCCGAUUUACUGAUUGCCGUAUUCAACGUCGGCACUUCGUGGACAUUCAAUCUCUACCAUGACUGGUGGUAUGGUGAUAUUUGUAUUCUAACGUCGUUUUUUGGAAUCGCUCCAACAACGGUUUCCGUUUUCUCCAUGAUGGCGCUCAGUUGGGAUCGAUGUAAAGCGGUCGUGUGGCCAUUGAAGAAACGUCCGCUUUCACGACGUUGCUCACUCUUCACAAUCGCCGUUAUUUGGGCAAUGUCUACCGCAACCGCUCUACCGUUUACCUUUGCUGCUACGGUAAAUGUGUUAUAUCUAUAUAAUGUCGUAACGAAGACGGCAUCAAUUCGACACGCAUGUUCUGCUCCAGCUCAUCCGAUAUUCGAUCAUCUCCUAUUUCUUUUGCAGUACGCGUUGCCAUUAUUUGUGCUGUCGUUCACAUUUGCCUUGAUCGCUUGUGCGUUCAGGUCGACAGACGUUGCUGCGGACCACAAUUCAAAGCGUUCCAAUCACACUAAGGCUAAAAAUAAGGCUGUGAAGAUGUUAGGAUUAAUGGUAAUCACGUUCAUGUUCUGUUGGUUGCCAUAUCAUCUCUACCACACUUUCGGGUUGAAUUCAUUCAUGGAGUUCAAGGAUCCGAAUACAGGGAAAUACAUCUAUCUUGGAAUCUAUUGGGUAGCGAUGAGCAGUAGUGCCUAUAAUCCUAUCAUUUAUUGUUUUUCGAAUGAAAGAUUCCGUAUCGGUUUCCGUUACGUCUUUCGCGGGUUGCCAAUGAUCAAAUGCCGUCAUGAGGACUACGCGUACUCGCAGUUAUUUCCGGAAAAACUACGGAGCAUGGCGAUCAAUCAGCAACUCGGCUUGAAGAACCCGAAGAAAUUCCACAGGACCUACGACAGCAUCGGACUUCCGCUCGCUUGCAACGAUUCUGGAGAUCGACGGCGAAUUCGAAGUAGUUGUUCGACGAGUCGUACUCCAUUGGCGGCAAAAAAUGAUAUUUGA